UGUUCGCUCGCGGGUUGCCGACGGUCGUCGGAGAGGCUGCCCUGAAGGCAAGCCUGUGUCGCAAAGCGUCCACUGGAGCACCCCUGCGGGCGACGGCGAUGAGAAGCGGAGAAGUGUCGCGGGUCGUUCUCAUGCGGCCAGGGGAUGGAAACGCUGCAGAAGGUGGGAGGCUGAAUAUUCGAGCAAUGGGAUCGCGGGGGCUUUGUGUAGCGCUGUGGAUGAUGCGAAUAGCUGUUGUUUGGGUGGUUGUGUUUGGUCGUCGGGCUGAUGCAAAGCAGCAGACCAGCAGCAGACCAGCUGCGGGCCUUCCCAAAGAGGCUGUACGUUGGCCGAAGAUUAUCCGCGACAGGCGAGCCAGCGCCACGCCACAUCACCAGCCUCAUCGCUUAUGCUCAACCAAGGUUCCCUGGGCUUGUACCUAGGUAUACAUGCAGCACGUUCCCACUUUCGGACGCGUUCCCGGUGCAUUGCCAUCAUGCCGCCGUUUAGCUG